AUGAUGGUCACCCUUUACUCGACUAUCUGCGACACACCGCAAGACCACCUUAUCUCACACUCUAGAAGGAGAGCUAGUCACAAGGAGAUACCCAUUAUGAACGCAGAAUCUCUGGACGGUCGAUUGCUCUUUGCAAUCCCUAAAAAAGGAAGACUAUACGAGAAAUGCCUUUCAAUCCUUGCUGGUGCCGAUAUUCAAUUUCGGAGACACCAACGUCUAGAUGUCUGCCUUUCCCUCAACCACCCCAUCGCUCUCGUCUUCCUCCCUGCAUCCGAUAUCCCCUCUUUCGUUGGCAAGGGUAACGUCGACCUCGGAAUCACCGGUCACGAUGUUAUUCUCGAGUCCCAGAUGCAAAACCAUGUCACUGAGGUACUACGUCUCGGGUUCGGAAAGUGCUCCCUGCAAGUCCAAGCCCCCGAAAACGGCUCGAUAAAAACCGUCGAUGAUCUGGCUGGGAAGCGGGUCGUCACCAGCUUCGAAGUGCUCGCAGGAGAGUACUUCACCCAAGUCGACCUCCGUAACAACCUCACCGGCGACAAAAAGACUCAAAUAGAGUACGUUGGUGGGAGCGUUGAGGCUGCUUGUGCUUUGGGUCUCGCAGAUGGAAUUGUCGAUCUCGUCGAAUCUGGCGACACCAUGCGUGCUGCAGGCCUCCACGCGAUCGCCACCGUCCUCGAGACCGAGGCCGUCCUGAUACGCUCGACAACCCCUAAGCACCCCCACCUCACGCCACUCAUCGAGGUCAUCACCAAGCGCAUCGCAGGCGUCAUCGCUGCGGAGAAGUACAUCAUCUGCCAGUACAACAUCCCGCGCGCCAAGUUGCACGCUGCGACGCAGGUCACGCCUGGGAGGCGCGCCCCGACUGUCAGUCCCCUGGAAGAUGAGGGGUGGUUAGCGGUGAGCAGCAUGGUGGAGAAGAAGAAGUCCGCACAGGUUAUGGAUGAAUUGGUCACGAUCGGUGCGGAGGAUGUGCUUGUUUUUAAUUUGGAUAACUGUAGAGUGUAG